GCUGGGACAGUGGAAAGUGUCCCUGCCCAUGGCAGGGGGUUAAAAUGAAAUAAUAUUUAAGGUCCCAUCCAGCCCAAACCAUUCCAUGAUUCUGUGAUCUCAGGAACAGCUGUGUCCCUCUAACAUUUACGAAUCUGGGCUACUGAUGGAGGCAUGCACAUGUACAUUGGUUAAAAUCCCAUCAGCCAUCAACAAGGAACCAAAGCCUGUUCUAUAGAGUUAACAUCUAAUUAAUCUAAUGACAAAUUCUAAUUAAAAAUGAUCCCCUGUAUUUAAUAUUUACCUUCUGAAGAGGAACAGUGUUUCCAGGAUGCUCAGGAAGACUGAAUUUCCCACAGGGGAGCAGCAGGUGCAUUAGCUGGGAUUCCUGGUGUAACCCAGCCUGCAGCAGGAGCUGAACUCCAAACAUGCAGCAUGUAGGGACACAGUGCAGCUCCUGUGCAUGUGCUGCAUCUUGGGCCACUAGAACACCCUCCUGCCACAGCACAGCACCUCCAAAGAAGCCCCUCGAAGAGAAAACCCCAAAAUUCAGCUUUUAGCUUAACACCUCUGAAAGUCUUCCUCGGUCACCUGCAUGAAUCAUUUGUACCGUGGCUGUAAGCAAAGCUGCUAUUUCUGGCCCAGUUCAGCUGUGUAUUCUGUACCACUGGAAAGGCACAUGGAGCCUGGCUGUGCUGUUUUGUUGGCUGCACAGUGCUCAUUAUCCCAGCAGCUAAAUGCCUGCUGUAAGUGCAUUACAGGAACAAUUACACUUUCAUGAUGGUGACUGCAUCACACAGCACAGCUUGUCAAAGUCACAAUUUUGAUGCAGGUAUAAAAAAAUAGCUCACGAGAGCCUGCCAGUACUAAACCUGAAAGCUCAGGCUGAAACAUUCAUGGCCAACUAUGAAUUUCAGAGAAAGCACAAAAACUACACCAUGUGCUUGGAAGGAACCAUUACGUACUUUGCACUGUUUGUGAUAUCUGGACAUUUUAUUAAAUACUGCAGUUAGACAUGCAAGAAAUUCCCCUGCACGUUUCUUAAAAACAUUUUUUUCCUUCCACAGUUUGUGCCAACUUGUUUUCUGUUACAGAACACCCUCUGCUCAGGGCAGUCUUCAAGCUGAGAACGUGCAGACUGCCCAGGGUGGUGUCCAGGGAACAUCUGGAAAUGGCACUCCAGGCUCUGCUCUGGUUGAGAAGGUGGGAAUCACUCCCAGGUUGGACUUGAUGGCUUUGAAGAACUUCUGCAACCUCAAUGAAUGUUUAUGUUUCUUACUUUUGUUUCUGAAUAAUGUUCCUUUUUUUUUUUCUUUUUACAUGAUUCUUCAAUGAUUAUCCAGACUUAAAAAAAUUCUUUUACUUUUCUCCCCCACCACAAAGACUCUAAGUUUAUUAGUGUUAUUAUUUCAUAGCAGUGAGCAAAGACACUCUUAAAAUGUCUUCAUAUAUUUCCACGCACUGCAGUCUCAUUCCUGGACUCACAAAAGCAGCCAAGUCCCUCUUGUUGAUGAAGGAUUCCUAUUAAAAUGCCAGCAUCUAAGGCAUUAUGCUCUUUUUUGUCUUGGAGAGAAAACAAUACCUGCUUAAAACCCCCAGACCCUGAGUCUGAUGGAGCUUUGCCACUUAAAAGAACUAAAGAUACUCAGACUGUUUCACUUCUUCUAAGCCUCUUCCCUUCAGGAGAGGGAAACUGUUACUUCACUGUCUCUGUUCCUGUUCCUCCACUGACCAUCCCUUCCCCCUCCAGGGGUAUUUUUCCAAUCCUACUCGCCCACAGCAGACAGACUUCAAGACCUGGAAGUGACAGCUCUAAAGAGAAGCUCUGGUCUGCAACCACACACCCACCGCCCCGGGCAGCAGAGCCCCAGAAGAGCACAGAACUCAGGGACCCCCCAUGCCAACGCCAGCUCCCAGCUCUGGGGGUGCCCCAGCUGUGUCAGCAAACAGCAGAUCCCAGAAACUGAUGGAAUCCCAGAGUCACAGAAUGGUUUGGGCUGGGAGAUUAAAAAUCAUCUGGUUCCACUCCCCUGCCGUGGCAGGGACACCUCCCACUGUCCCAGGCUGCUCCCAGCCCUGUCCAGCCUGGCCUUGGGCACUGCCAGGGAUCCAGGGGCAGCCACAGCUGCUCUGGGCACCGUGCCAGGGCCUGCCCACCCUCACAGGGAAGGAUUCCUUCCCACUAUCCCAUCUAACCUCACCCUCUGUCAGUGUGAAGCCAUUCCCCCUUGUCCUGUCACUUGUAAAUUGUCUCUCUCCAUCUGUCCUGCAGGUUCCCUUCAGGCCACAGCUGUGUCACCCCAAAGCUCCUCCUGCCCAGAUGAACAAUCCCAGCUCUCCCAGCAGAGCUGCUCCAUCCCUCUGACCCCCUGGUGCCUCCUCUGGGCUCUCUCCAGCAGCUCCAGCUCCUUCCAGGGCUGGGGCAGCUCUGCAGGUGGGGUCUCACCUGGGGGGCACAGGGCACAAUGCCAGCCCCUUCCUGCUGCCCACUGGGGACCAGCCCAGGCACGGGGGGCUCCUGGGGCCAAGGCAGGUCCAGCUCUUGGCCAGCAGCACCCCCAGACCCUUCUCCCAGGGCUGCUCCAUCUGUGCAUCUGUCCCAGCCUGUGUUUGUACCCCAGCCUGCACUGAUAUUGACCGUCAGGCAAGAGGCAGAAGCAAAAACAAGUGAUUACUUUUUAUACUAACAAACAUUCAGCUGUUACAUAUUUUGUAACAAGUAUGCUCAUAUUAAUAUAUUCCUACUAGAAGCACUUUUCUCUAUGUUCUGCAACAAAGACUGAGAUUUUAUUCUUAUUUUAGUGCCAAGAGUGGGAUGUGCAGCACGUUAAACUUAUUAGAACUAUAUUAACAGACUUAAAAUUCAUUUUUAAAAAUGGUUAAAUUUAAAAUAGUCAUAGUAUAAACCUUAUUAAAAUAACACUGCAGAGUUAGGAGAGUUGUUUGCAUAUGAGAAUUAGUAGUAAAACUAACAUUUAAUUUUUUUUUAAGCUGUAGUUUUCCCCUGAAUCAGAGUGGGGUGAAAGCAAAGGCAAAAAACAAAACCAAAAUUAAACAACAAUUCAACUUCCAAUCUCCAGCAAUAUUCUACAUCCUGACAGGAUGGCUGUUCUUAUAUUUUUUUUCUGACAGAGUCUUUCAGACUAAGAGAAAAAUUAAUUCUGUAGUUUCCAAGAAAAAACAAAAAGCAACACAAGUCUUAUGAUGAAGGGAACGGUACAGUCUGGUCUACUCUUCGUACUGUGAAAUUACAAUUGUUAUACUCUUACACAGAAAUUUAGAAAUGGGGUAUCUGUACCGAAUACUUCAAAGCCAGCACCAAAUUCGAAAAACACGUAAGUCAAAAUUGUCCAAAAAGUAAAAAAAAAACCCCAUGACUUAAGAGUUUAAAACCAGAAGGAUUUAAAAAAACCAAUCAGGAAGAUUUUUAUAGCAAGAUCUAAACCUUAAAUUUACAAUUUUAACAAAACUUUUGGUUUAACUUUCAUGCCAAUGCUGACUCUCAACUACUUCUUAUGCAGUGCCAAAUCUCCUGAUCAAGGUUUGAUGUUAAAAUAUUCAGCUGAACUUCCCAAAUCACAGAGCAGAGACACACAGGCCAUGGGAAUGUAAACCCGUGAGUUCCCUUAUUUAUCCCAUCAGUCUAUUAGUGGGAAAAGCUUCUGUUUCUCUCCAAUUAAUUCCUGCUAAUGCUGACUUCAAUCUCUGUCCUUCACAGGCUGUUUGCCUCUCUCAUUAUUUAAAAACCACCUGGGGAGGUUGUUCAGGGGGCCUGGUGCCUCUGCUGCAGGAACACUCUCAUCAAUUCAGAAUAAUUCCUUCUGGGCUCAGGUGAACUAUUGGCUAUGGACAUGUCUGAGGUCUCUGAGCUACUGUUAUUUAUGCAUUUAGAAAGGAAUCUCACUGAGAUUAUUUUAGCAGGAAAGGUUUCUUGCAGAAUGAUCACACCCAGAGCAGCUGUGGCUGCCCCUGGAUCCCAAAAGCCAGGUUGGACAGGGCUUGGAGCAGCCUGGGAUAGUGGAAAGUGUCCCUGCCCACGGCAGGGGGCUGAAAUUAAAUAAUCCAUAAGGUCCCUUCCAGUAUAAACCAUUCGGCGAUUCUAUGAUUUAUUUUCCAUAGAAAUUCUGAUUUCUCACUUAAGGAGCCAACAAUAGAAAUCGACCACAUUUCUAAAGAAUCUGCCUCUCUCUAAGUUUUACUAUGAAAACACAUUUAAUGAUAAUCAUAAUUAACCUUCCCCACAAGGAUGCUCAGAAGCGACCUUAGAGGCCUUUUACACACAAUCUUUAAUACAUUUAGAAGUGUUUAAAGCCAAUAGGAGUAUCUGAUUCAGUUCUGCCUGUUAUGUGGAGCAUGAUUUCAACAAGUUACCCCCGGAGUGGCAGCGACAGAAAGAUCACGAUCGCUUUAAGUGAGAAUCGCACAUUUCGGCUGGCAGCGCUGAGUGCUCCAAGCUCCAGCCUGUUGCAGGGGAAGGCUCGAUAAACACCGUGGGUUUUACACCGAGUGAGACAGGGAAUAAUCCCGGACAGGGAAUCAGCCCGGACACCGGAUCCCCUGCAGCAGCCGCUGCCCUGAGAAAUGCCGUGGGCUGCCAGGGAGCAGGGAGGGCACGGGUGGGGAAUGACAGCCGUGUGGGGACAAAGGUAAAUAAUAAAGAUUGCCUUUGAGUCCUCGGUGGCACAAGGGGCUUUAAUCGAGGUGUUCCCGGCUAGGAACAGGCGUGAGCUUAGAGCAGACACGGAGAGGUGUCCGACAGCCGCGUGGGGACACGCUGAGACCCGCGGGCUGCUCCUGAGGCGGCCCGGGGAAUUCUCGGAUGUUUUAGAACCCAAAUGUGCGGGGCCGGGCCGGGAGCAGGACACGGCAACGCGCCCCGUCCUGCCCUGAGCGCGGGGAACGGGACCCCCUGUGCGCGGGCACCGCCCCGGGCCGCUCCCGACGCUUAGGUGGGACAGCCCCCCUGAGGCAAAGCGCUGCGGAGGGACGGGCACCGCGGGUGGGCACCGCGGCCUCGGCCCCGCGCGGUGCCCGCGUCCCCCCGCUGUCCCCCGGCCCGGCCCUGACCCACUAACACACCUCCGGCCAACAUGGCCGCCCCGCCGCCCAGCGCAGCCUACCCCGGCCGCCGCCGCCCCGCCCUCCGCGCCCGCUCAUUGGCUGGCUGCCCCGCCGCGCGCGCUCCCAUUGGCCGCCGAGCCCGCCGCUCACCCGCCCAGCGGCCCUUUCAAGCUAGGGUGAGGCGACAUGUAAACAAACCCCCUCCCGCCGCCCCGGCCGCGGCCCCGCGACCCCCGAGCCGCGCCCGCCGCUCCGGGAACCCGCCCGGCCGCCCCCGGCCCCGCCGCGCCCGACACACCGCCCAGGGAGCCGCGUCCCGCGGGGGGCGGCCCCCGCACGGCGACCCCCGUCAGGGCUGCGGGCAGCCGGAGCGCACCCGCCCUGCCCGGGGGAAGCCCCUUCGCGGGGCCGCGGCUCGCAGCCGUCCCGCCGCUCUGUCGUUACAUAAACGGCGUGCCGGAGCGGGGACGGUCCCGUCCUGCCCUGCCCCGCACUCGCAAAGCGGUGACCCCUCUCCGCCAGCUCCGCAGCCUUCGGAGCGGAGCCGCCCGUCGGGCACCAACACACCCCGCAGAGACCCCGCACGGCCGCGGGUCAGCCCCGGCCGCCCCGGGCAUUCAAACAGGUCGCAAACGGAGGAGGCGACUACGAGCCCGAAAGGAGGAGCAGGAGCUGCCGAAGCCUUCUCUCGGCUCCCGGGCAGCCGCUCCGCCCGCACACCCAGAGCGGCCGCGCUCCCCGGGCAGGACGGCGCUUUCCUCUCCCCGGCGCUCGCUGCGAGACUCGCUUUCCUUGUAAAGGCACGGGCCGCUCCUGCCGGGCGGAGGCUGGAGGGGGCAAAGCCGACAACUCUCCGCUCAGCCCGCGCUCCGUCCCUGCAGCUCCUCCUCACCGCCCCCAGCCCGGCCGCGGGCCCCAGAGCCCCGCUCCGGCACCGGACACCCCCCGCGCCCCGCUGCUCUCCCGCGGCCCCGGCAGCCACACCCCCCCGGCGGGCGAGCGCAGCGGAGGGGCCGCUGGCACCAUCCCCGUCCCGCCGCCCUCGGCAGCCGGGCACACACCUCGGUCCCGCUCUCCCUCCGUGCCUCUCUCCCUGCAGCCCCCUGCCCGGCGCCGCCACCGCCUCCUCCCACCGGACCACCCGGGCCCCCCGGCCCCCAGCGCCCUCGGUGCCGCGCAGCCCCCCGGAGCCCCGCGGUCCCCCCGAGCCCCUGACUCACGGUGCUCAGCGGGGGCCGCAGCCCCGCGCGGCCCGGCCCGGCCCCUCCAUGCGGCCCCGGGUUUGUUUGUUUAUGUCCCUUCCUGACGGGUUCCCGGAAAUCGCGUGA